CGUGUGAAAAGUGAUCGACAAGGUUCAUUUCGGCUGCUUAUCACUUAAGGCCGAUACGUUUUCGAAUAAAAGAAAGAAGAAAGAAACGAAAAUCAAACAAAAGUUGACUAAGAGUUUGAAACAAAACCGCCUGUGGAUUAAAUUUUUUUUUGCAAAUAAAGGGAAAAAGUUUUCUAACGUCACGUCUGGCGAUUAUCGAUUUUAUUUCUUUUCGAGGAAAACAUAAAUUCAUUGAUGAAAUUUUCUGGUGCUAAGUUCAAUUAACUCGAAGGUGGAAAAUCGCAACUUCACUUUUUAAGUGGUUGAUACAAGAAUCUGAAAAUAUUUAAAGAAAAUAUUAAACAAAAGCUGAAUGAAAUCAAUUUGAAGUGAUUGUCUCCAAACACGAGUUUUGAAUAAAAUAAAAUUUAAAGUGAUUGCGAGUUAAAGAAAUUAAAAUAACCAUUAAAAAUAAAUAUUUCACAAUCACGCGCGGUAAAUUAAGUGAAGUCAAAAUUUUAACCGAAAAUAGCAAAACGCCCCUCUCGAGGGCUCUAGCAUUGGCGUCCUUUUUGGGGACGGAUUAUCCCCAGGCCCUCGGUGCUCGAACAGCACCGCCAGCAAAGGAUCUUAUGGCAUUUGGCUCCGUGCUGGCACACAAUCAACACAACAUAGGUCGAUCAGAGCCGAAAGGGGUCGGUGACCCGUGCGCGGGUUGCAACAAGCCCAUUCUAGAUAAAUUCCUGUUAAAUGUACUAGAAAGAGGCUGGCAUGCCUCAUGUGUUAGAUGUUGUGAAUGUCUAACACCCUUAACGGAAAAAUGCUUUAGUCGUGAGGCGAAGUUGUAUUGUAGAAAUGAUUUUUUUAGACGUUACGGAACAAAAUGCAGCGGAUGUGGUCAAGGAAUAGCACCGUCGGAUCUAGUGCGAAAACCUCGAGACAAAGUGUUUCAUUUAAAUUGUUUUACGUGCUGUAUAUGUAGGAAACAAUUAAGUACUGGUGAACAGUUGUAUGUGUUGGACGAUAAUAAGUUUAUUUGUAAAGACGAUUAUAUGUUGGGAAAAGGAUCGCAUCACCAUCAUAUGACAGAUUCUUUAAUGGGCUCAGAUUGCGAAGAAGAUGACGAAGAUGAUGAUCCCAUAAGACCGCCACUUAAUUUAGGACACCUGGGAUCAAACGGGCCUGAAUCUGUUGGACAUUUAGGCGCCUCUGACCUUUCAGUUCAGAGUAUGAGCACAGAUAGCAAGAAUAAUGAUGAUUCAGAUCAGGGAUCACUUGAUGGUGAUCCAGAUGCGCGAGGCGAUUCACAGUCUGAAAAUAAAAGUCCCGAAGAUGGUGCCGGCUCAAAACGACGGGGACCGAGAACAACAAUCAAAGCCAAACAAUUAGAAGUAUUAAAGACAGCAUUUAGUCAAACACCGAAACCAACGCGGCAUAUUCGAGAGCAAUUAGCAAAAGAAACUGGUCUGCCAAUGCGAGUGAUACAGGUCUGGUUUCAAAAUAAAAGAUCAAAAGAGCGCCGACUGAAGCAACUUACGAGUAUGGGACGUGGGCCGUUCUUCGGUGGAUCAAGAAAAAUGCGCGGGUUUCCUAUGAAUCUCUCACCUGGUGGACUUGAUGAGCCAGGAUUUCCCUAUUUUGCGAGUGAUAAGUUUGAUUUCGGGUAUGGCGGGCCACCAUUUCAUCCACACGAGUCUCCAUUCUUCCCAGGACAUCCAGGAAUGCCUUUCAAUGCACCAGGUGGCCCAAUGGACCAUCCCGGAUCAAUGCCAGGUAUGGUGAAUGAGUUCAGCAUGACACCUGAAGCUAGUUUCUUAAAUCAACCAAAUGGUCCACCAAUUACUGGUGGAGCUAAUCCCUCCGAGCGCAGCGGUUCACCCGAAUUCAUGUCCAACGCUGGCAACUUCUCCGAAUCAUCAAACAUCAAUGAAGGCCUGGUUUGGUAAAAUUUAAUGACAUCACGUCUUCUUCAAUUCUACAUAGGAAUGAAUUCGUGAAAGACAAAAAGAUUUUUAAAUGCUUAAGAGAUGCAGUUUGGAUGAAUGUGUCGAGAGAAAUGCAAAAAAAUGAAAGAUUUUUGUAAGCUUCAAGUCGAUGAAAUCUCGACUCGUUUAUUGAAUUAUUUAUGGCGAUAUACAAAUUUAUUUAAGAUUUCAAGCUUAUAUGCGACAUUUGUGAAACAAUAAAGAAGCAAACACACAAAACAAACAUGCAAAUUAAUUAAAUUAAUCGCAUUAAGUCGCACACAAACUAAAACACAGAAAAUUUUCUGAUUGUGGCGUUUUAUGAUUUUCGGCCAAAAAAUUAUUUUACUUGAUUAAGUUUCGUUUUGAUGUGGGAAACUUUUUUUCUUUAAGAGAAGUUUGGAAAGUUUCAAGUGGUUGAAUAGAGUUGAGAAGUAAGAAAACGUCAACGUAUAGCUUUGUGUGACUUAUUGUUCAAAUAGCUUAAUUUGCGUAACGCGAUUAAUCAAUUAUUUGAAUUUUCUCUACACUUAAAUUUCAUUUCUAUUUCUUUUCUUAAUUUUUUGUUUUACUGAUAACAAACAGUUGGAAAGCAUUAUUUUUGAAUCGAUAUCAGAAUAUUUGUUUUGUUUUGACAGAUGAAUAAUGUUGUAAAUAAAAUGUAUGUAAAUGUAGUAAAAUGAGUAAGGAAAACUUCAUCAGCUUUUUUUUUCUUUUUUCUAAACAUUUGAAAUGCAAACUAAUGCAAAGGGUCAAGACAACGGUAACCAAUUUCAAUUUAAUUAGUUUGAAAUUUGAGUAAGAAAUAAAAGUUGGAUGAAGGACGAAAAAAUAUCAAAAACUUAUGUAUAAAUUAUGAAAGAAAAUGUUAUGUUUUAAGCUUGUAAAUAAAUUGAUGAGUAAUUAAAGUUUAAUGAUAAAAAGAAGUAUCAAAUUAGAAAUUGUCACAAGAGAACAAAUUAACAUCACACUUUAGAUUUACUUAAGUAGAUGAUGAUGGAAAUGAAUUAUUUGAUGAUAUUCAUAGGAAAAAUGAAAAGAUGAAUAAGAAAUAAGAAAUGUUUCGAGUAUGAUCCUGGAGAAAAUUUCAUUUAAUGAACUGCUCAAUAAAAGGAA